UCGAGCAAGGAAAGGAAGUUCUUGAAUUUUAUAAAGGAAAUAUUUCAAUUUUUAUAAUUUUUUGGGGGAAUAGCUUUAUAUGGUCGGUUUUGAAGACACAAUUAGAAGGCCAGUAAAAAAUAACGCUACUAUUUAAGUCAAUGGGUUUGUAUUUAUCAGAAUCUGAUUGAUGUAAUUUGUGAAUUUACAAGAGCUCUCAAGAAGGCUUAUUGGAUGAUGAUCCCUUGCUGGGAUCGAUAAAGUCUGGGCAUAGUCAAGCUGCAGGAAGCCGAUCUUUACUUUGGUCCAAAGAGCCGUUGCCACAGCAACGGAUGCGGUUUUUCCUUUAGCUAUUGUCAUGCUCACACCUAAACGUAAUGCUUAUAUGCUAGCAUAUCGUAAAGAGUUAGGUCUUUCUAACAAGUUUCAAGACCAAUUUUAUACUUUCUUUGAGAUAUCAGGUUGAUUUUCUUAAGAUAAACUUUAGUUAGGUUUGUUUCCUACUUCUGUCAAUCCAAAGCUUGUUUGACAACACUGGUCGUAUCCAAACACGUCAUUCUGUGUUGCUUCAUUUGUUGCCACAGUUUGAAUGGUUAGUGCUUACAAAAGUCACAACGCAGCUGUUUUAUCUAUCUGUCUGUUUGGCUGUCUCUUCAUUUAUACGUAACGUGGCAGUUGUAUACAGUAAGACGUAGGUUUUACGUAUACUGAGUUGAACCUGUUGUCACAGGUGGCACGAGGAAAGCGCUCAACAACGUUUCAAAUUAUGAACAACAGUCAAACAAGGAACAACUACGACAGCAUUUGAAAUAUAGGUUUCUGAAGUAUGGAAGACUUGCUUUUAAACGUUUUGUAUAAAUUUGACAGUUGCGUUUAAGACCUCUACAGUAUGGAAGUACAUUAUGUUUUAAUGUUUUGGGGAUUUUUGUACCAAAUAAAAGUUUCUCAAGGCCUACCCGAACUCAUCAGAGUUGGCGCCAUGUUCGAAUCGGGAGAUGAGAUGCUGCAAACAGCUUUCAGCACUGCUAUAGAUCGAAUGAAUUCAGAUUCCGCCAUUCUCUCCAACUCUCAGCUUUCAGCAAGUAUUGAACAACUUGGGCAUCAAGAUAGUUUUCAAGCCUCAAGAAAAGUUUGCGACCUUCUUAGUAAAGGAGUAGCAGCCAUCUUUGGUCCACAAUCUGAAGAAUCUAGUUCAACUGUCCAAUCAUUUUGUGAUGCUAUGCACGUGCCUCACGUGGAGAUCCGGUGGGACUUUCGAGCACAAGUCGACAACCAUUCAGUUAAUCUGUUCCCUCACACAACCUCGCUGGGUAGAGCAUACCGUGAUUAUGUUAAGGAAAAGGAUUGGAAAUCCUUUGCUAUCAUGUACGAAGAAAACGAAGCGUUAGUUCGUCUCCAAGAAUUGCUGAAAGACCCAUCCAUCCGUGAACGAAGAGUCUUAGUAAAACAAUUUAUCCAAGGAAGAGAGUAUCGUAAAACCAUUAAGGAAGUAGGCAGAGCUGGCAUCAAGAACUUUGUCAUCGACGUUCCCACCGAAAAAAUUCAGAUGGUCUUAAAACAUGCUCAACAAGUGGACAUGAUGUCAGAAUAUCAUAAUUAUUUCUUGACCUCUUUGGAUUUGCACACUGUCGACUUAGAAGACUUCCAAUAUGGUGGUACCAACAUCACAGGGUUUAGACUGGUGGAUGAAAAAGCACGCGAGUAUCUUGACUUUCUUCGCAGUUGGAAAACAGAAUACGAUGGGGUGGAUAACGGAAAAAGAAAACCUGCACUUAACACUGACGUGGCGCUAAUAUACGACGCUGUGAAGCUUUUUUCUACUGCUCUUCAUGACUUAGACGGAACCAGCCGAAAAAUUGACAUCCGUGAAAUCUCAUGUCAAGCUGAACAGCCAUGGCCUCAUGGAAAUUCUAUUGUUAACUACAUGAGAAUGAUCAACAUCAACGGCCUUACAGGAAACGUCAAAUUUGAUCAGUAUGGGUUUCGUUCUGACUUCAAUUUGAAAAUUCUUCAGCUAGGCCAAGAAGGGCUAAAAGAGAUCGGAGAAUGGACUCCUCACGCGGGUAUCAACAUGACGGGAAACUAUUCUAAGGCUUAUGAAGAGGCUAUCCAGUCACUAAAAAACAAGACUCUUGUUGUGACAACCCUUCUUGUAAGUUUCAUAUCUUUACGUAUUGAGUAGUAUAAAGAUUAACUCAUCCAGUGGUUCUGUAAAAUCAAACUACCGAAUUACAUAAUGCUUAAGUGAUGGGGUACUCCCGGAACUGAUCUACCUCAGUUGAAACCCUUGUUGUAAGUUUCAUAUCUUUACGUAUUGAGUAGUAUAAAGAUUAACUCCUCCAGUUGUUCUGUAAAAUCAAACUACCGAAUUACAUAAUGCUUAAGUGAUGGGGUACUCCAGGAACUGAUCUACCUCAGUUGAAACCCUUCUUGUAAGUUUCAUAUCUUUACGUAUUGAGUUGUAUAAAGAUUAACUCCUCCAGUUGUUCUGUAAAAUCAAACUACCGAAUUACAUAAUGCUUAAGUGAUGGGGUACUCCCGGAACUGAUCUACCUCAGUUGAACUUGGUUAUAAAUAAAUGAGAGCAAAUUGUAACUUGACUUGCAAAAU